GAGGCUUUAGACGAGCUCUUCUGAAACGCGUGGUGGCGCUCGUGCGUGACGUCAUCAGCGUGAGCCGGCGAGAGUAGCUGCGCGUGUCGGCGUUUACGCGUGUGAGGACGAGCAGCACGUGAAGACCGGCAGCAAUGGCACCGACACAAGAAGCAGAAAUCGUCUUCGCUCAGAAACUCGCGUCCAACGAGAAGCCCGUGAGGAGCAAAGCCCUGGUGAAGCUGAGGAAGUACAUCAGCGCGCGCUCGGAGAGACCCGAAGGAUUCAGAGAAGAAGAGCUGCUGAAGAUCUGGAAGGGUCUGUUCUACUGCAUGUGGAUGCAGGACAAGCCGCUGCUGCAGGAGGAACUGUCCACAAAGAUCUGCAGGCUGCUCCACAGCUUCCGGACGCUCGACAGCCAGUUCCUGUAUUUUAAGACGUUUCUUCAGACCAUGAAGAGAGAGUGGAACGGCAUCGACAGACUGCGAAUGGACAAAUUCUACCAGCUCGUGCGCUUCGUGUUCAGAGAAGUGUUUGAGAUGCUGAAGAGGCAGAAAUGGGAGUCCAGUGUGGUGAGUGAGUUUCUCCAGCUCUUCUCGUCUCAGCUCCUGCAGAGCUCCAGCGCGGCUCCGGCUGGGUUCGUCCUCCACGUUCUCUAUCUCUAUAUGACUGAACUGGCUCUCGUCGGCUCAGCUGAGCUGUCAGCAGAGCAGAACCAGACCUUCAUUGAGCCUUUCUUCAAGACUAUGGCCAAAACCAAAGAUCGGGUCCUGCUGAAGGCCAUCGGCAGCAAUAUCUUUAACAGCAUCGUUGAUCAGGUUCCUUUCGCCAUCGAGGAUCUGCAGAGAGAGAUUCGUCAGAACGCAGAACUGGACUCGAGCGAAGAGUCUGAAGACGAGCAGGACACCGAAGAGAUGAAGACUGAAUCCCUCUCUAAAAACUCCCUGAAAACUCAAGGUUGUGAGGAGGACGCUGAUGAAGAUGAGGCUUUGCUCUCAGAAGACAUGGACGCUAACGAUGACGACACGUGCGGACCUGUUCUUCAGUUCGAUUAUGCUGCAAUCGCUGACCGUCUUUUUGAGGUGGCCAGUCACUCGAAUAUACAGAGCUUCAACAGAUCCAAGAUUUACAAGUUUGUGAAAAUUUUCCGAGACCUGAGUGAAGGUGUGUUCCCUCAGGAUGAAGUGGAGAAGGUGUCCGCUGAUGAAGACGAUGAGGAUGAUAACCGCAGAAGGAAGAGACGGAGAAAGAAACAAAAGAAUAAAGAGAAGAAAGAUGAAGAGUCACUGAAUAAAUCCAAUGGUCAGUCGGAGCCGGCGGCUGCGGCAGAUGACACGGACAUAUCAAAGAACACCAAACAAAAGAAGAAAAAGAGAAAGAACAGCGGUUUAAAGAGUGCUGAGCCCUCAGAGGAGACUCUGCUGGACGCUGGUGUAACCGAAGAGAAGCGGGAGUCUGAUGCUGAAUCAUCACGGUGUGACAGUGAAGACCAGCACAGUUCAUGCUCCGAGCCUGCUGUUACACGGCUGAAGAAGCAGCGGAGGAAGAGGACGGCUUCGAGGAAGACCUGUGAAGACGCAGAUGACUGCUCAGAGAUGGAAAUCAGCGUGACAUCAGCAGAGAUCGUGACGCUGAAGAAGAGGAAAAAACUGAAGAGAAAAGCAAAAGGAGCAGAAUGUGAAGUCGCUUGUUUACCAGCCUCGGCCGUCGCUCCUGUAGAUGAGUCAACAGCCUCCGCAUCACAGAAGAACACCGCCUCUGACUCCUCUGAAGCCCCUCGAAAAACACCAGUGAAGAAGAAGAAACGGAAGAACGUCGUUUCAGAUUUACAGGAGACACAAGACACCUCUGACUCCUCUAAAGCCCCUCGAAAAACACCAGUGAAGAAGAAGAAACGGAAGAACGCCGCCUCAGACGCUCCGCAGCCAGUGACCAAUGGAGAAGCUCAUCAGGAGGAGACGGUCCACACCGAAGACUCGCAGCAGCCUGCUGGACGACUGAGAACCAAGAAGAGCAAGCCGAGGUCAGCCGCUGUCCAGCUCAAACCAGCGAGGAAGAGGAGGGUGAACGGACACGCCGACCAGACCAGCGUCAAGAGACCCAAGAUCAGCAGCGAAGCUAAAGAGCCUUCACUUCCAGCCACUAAAGAGAUGCAGGCGAAAGGGUUUGUCCUCAGACAGAAGAAAGCUCCCAAACCCAUGUUCUGUAAAGCUGCGGGAUACAGCUCACGCGCGGCCGGGGAGAAGGUUUUGCAAGCUUCAAAAUCUGAAAUGAAGAAAGUUACAUUUGGCCUCAAGAAUAAUAAAACAAUGGAGUUCAGAAAGAUGGACCAAAGCUCGCUGCUGAGUCCGGCCAGACAGUCCCGCGUGCCCUUUGACCCCAAGAGGACGCCAAAGUCCGGGGUGUUGAAGUCGCCCACGUCAUCGCCUGCCGUCACCAAGAGAGCCAUGGCAGCAGAUUUCUUUUAAAAUAAAGCUUCACAUGUUGUUUGUGAAAUUUAGUCUAUUGCAAUGGCUUUUGAAAACAAUGGACAGGAUAAGGAAUGCAUAAAAAUAUAUUUUAUAUUCGCUUUUGAAGUGUUCUUAUGCUUUACUUUACAGAUGUGUAAAAUGAGAGUUGCAAUAUUUUAAGGUGGCUUUUUUAAAGAAUAUUUGGAUCGUUUGAGAAUUUCAGAAAGCUGUUUACAAGGUUAACGAGUUAAAGCGGCAGAAGAAAAGAAUGAAGUACGGUUAGUUUCUACAGCGUUCGUACUGCGGUCGUGUAGUCCAGGCCUGGACCGCUCUGGUCCUGCGGAGAUCUGAUCCAGGUUCAUAGCAAUCCUGAGGCCACUGGUUGCACUGUGUUCGAGUACAGAGCUAAACUGAUGUGUUUAUCAAUACUCUCAUCCAGUGUAAGUGAAUAAAACCGUUUUUGUUUUCUUAUUCAA